AAAGGAUAGUAAAAGAGAAAACAAGUUUGCAAAAUAUUUGGACACGUGUGAAAGGUUAGGUAGACUUGACAACGGGACUGUAAACAGCAGUUACAACAGCUCGUGCGCUUUUUCCGUCGCUACAAGCUGUAAACAUUGAGCGCGCGCGCUCCCUCUUAAUAUAAAAUUACAAGUUUUUCCAAAAAGUAAGUAAAUAAAAUCUCUGAAAAACUUUAGUUGCUUAACCGAUAGUAUUCCGAUGGCAUUCUUAGUGCAAGCAGGGAAUGGAGGGCGGAAAAGUCUUAUUAAAUAUACUAAUAAAACGUUUGUGCGUGUUCUGGACUUUUUUUCUGUGAUAUUGCUUAUGGCACGAGGAAACACGUGGUCUGAAUCGCAGCACAAAGGGCGCAACAGUCCAGUGGCGCGAGACCCGUGAGGUGGGGUUGGGGGUCUUUCUAACGUAAAUACCCCCGAGUCACUAAACCCCCCUACUCUGCAUGUCUGCGCCACGCACAUCUCAUAGACCGUGAUUAAUCCGUGUGAUUUCUCCGCGUAGUUCAUGGGAUGAGUGCGACGUUGCGUCACGUCGCAUGUGUGAGUUCACGCGGUCGUGGGCAUGGACAUUCUCAUCCUCUCAAGCACCACCACCCUGUUUUAAGAUCAUGGGAUUUGUUAAUACGUUUCCAUCAUUGGCUCUCUGGGGGUUAAAAUGCAGAACUUCACACUUGUCUCAUGUCUUGAAAUUUAGUGUCCUCUUUUACCUAAAAAGGUGCACCUUGAAGGUGUACUCUAAUUACUGUUUCAUUUGAAACCUGGAUCCACAAUUUCAGAUGAAAGAUACAUUUCAAAGUUACAACAGACGCCAGUGACAAGGAAAGCUUUUUACUUUUCGAACACUUUUCCAAAAGAUGCCUGCUGCAGGCUGCUUAUAAUCGGACACAUUAAUUGAAUCGGGUCUAUAUGAAAGCAUUUGCAAUGAUCCCGAACUGUCCACUUUAAAGAAACAUUUCUACAAUAGGUCAUUCUGUGACUGGUGGUAGCCUACAGCUACGCCCUCACAGGGAAAGUGAGUCAUAAGUGGAUAAUGUGAUUCAUUUCCACAAUGGCUGAUAAAGGAGCUGCCAUUAGCCCAUUCAGAGGCACCAAGCCAUUCAAGGCCCCCUCAAGGCAAGCGGUGCACGUGAUUUCUGAUGAACAUGCACUGUGCAUGUUUCGUUCGAAGCUUUACCAUUUACGGGAAAUAAUUUAACAGGGCUUUCAGUUUGUGUGUGUGAGAGAGUGCUCUCCUUUAUCUUUGUUAGUGUUGAGACUGGUCUUUUCUUUGCUUGAAUGUCAGCAGAGGGAUAAUAUACUCACAUACGCACUGGUGGAUAUAAACUUGCUGUAGUUAUAUUUGCUGAACUGGCCAUGAUGGCCAUGAACAAAGCAUUUCUGCUCUGAGAUGAUUUAAGGUGUGCCCGAAAGCACGAAGAGGCAACCGAUAUUGCUGUUGAUUGCAUGGCUGAGGUUUGCUAGCGUGUCUCUCAUUAAUGACCUUUGCCUUCUGAUGUGGAAAAUCUUGGAGGAGUCCCACCUCAGCAUGUCUCUUUAUGUCACAUUGUACGCAAGCAGCGUGACCUCAUCCGUGGCUUACUCUGACUCACAGAGUCUUAGGUGUCUGUGGUGUUGACCUCCCACACCUAUUGCGUCGUCUGCCUGCUUCUUUUAGAAUCCCAGAGGAAGUGCACACUCGGCUCUAUCAUAAGAUCGACACGUGGGCUGAGCAUCAGUGUGGGACGGGCUGUUACCACUGGCCUACACGCAUGAUGCUCGGAUCAUCAGUGAUGGCUGCACGUCUCGCUGGAGACUUUCAGGGUAUGACGACUCAUUUUAAACCAAGCAAAGCAGUAAAGGUGAAGAAGGAGGUGGGUGAGAAUGCGCCAGCACUGAGUGAUGAUGAGCUGGUGGCCAUGUCAGUGCGCGAGCUGAACCAGCACCUGCGCGGCCUCACCAAGGAGGAUGUGGUGCGGCUGAAGCAGCGACGGCGCACGCUGAAGAACCGUGGCUAUGCCGCGAGCUGCCGUAUCAAGCGUGUCACGCAAAAGGAGGAGCUCGAGCGGCAGAAGUCGCAGCUGCAGCAGGAAGUGGAGAAGCUUGCCCGUGAGAAUGCCAGCAUGCGCCUGGAGCUGGACGCGCUGCGUGCCAAGUACGAGGCGCUGCAAUGCUUUGCCCGUACCGUGGCAUGCGGCCCGCUCACACCUGCCAAGGUGGCCACCACCUCCGUCAUCACCAUUGUCAAGUCCGCCAAUCAUGGCGCUUCGUCUCCGCCGUGCUCCGCUCCGUCAUAGAUGGAGGAAAGGAGUGAGGAAUUUUUCCGUCUGGUCCAAACUGGUUCCAAACCUUCCCAGCCUAAUUCUCCACUGAGAAGACAUAGACUGAAGGGGUGGGAUGGGGAGACUGCCAUUUUUACCAUAACUUCUCUUUGUCUUUUUUAUUUUUAUUUCUCUGUUUGUCCCAUACACUCAAGCUUACACCCCCCCCACACACACACCCGUCCACGUUGUCUGUGCACUGUGCUCUAAAGCUCCGGCACCGGCAGCGCUCACUGACCUUCUCGCCUUCUUCUCUGACCCAGACUGAGACUUAGCAGAGAUGCGACUUGCAGACUUGGAGCUUUAAGUACUUGAGAUUGAACCUGCCAUGGCAGUGUGUGAAUGCGCUGAUGCCUGUGGUAUCUUCAUUUACAUCAGAGAAUGAAAACGUAUAUAUAUCAUCAAUAUGUAGAAACACCAUUUGCAGUAUAUUCUUGUUACUGUGCUUUUUUUUUUUUUUUUAUUAUUUAAUUUUAUUUUUUUUAAAUAGAAGUCAAAAAAACAAAAACAAAAGUUGCUUAUACUUGCAACACGUUGACGUACAACACAUUCUUGUUUUGUUUCGUUGGCCAUUAUGCUCAUGCAUAGAGGAUUUCAGGGCUGAAAUGAAGGGCCAUGAGGUUAAACUCCUCAUUAACUGCCUGCGAGAAACUUGUGGUAGACCAACGUAGUCCUUAAAGCCAUGUUUUAGGAUAGUUUUACACAAAUACACAUUCUUUUUCACAUGAGACAAUGAGGAAACAAAUGGAACAAGCUGUAAAAGGAAAGAAAACAAAACAAAACAACAGCGCGUGACUCUUUACUCAGCAACUUAUCAAGGAUAUUUCGAACAGCACUUAUAUUUGUUUACGGUCUGAAUCUAAUGUUAUAAAAGCACUUGCUAAUUAGAACGACACACAGGACUAUUCAGGACGAAGAAAUAAUAGGAUUUAAAGGCACUUGUCAGUUACAUUGACUACUACUAUAGUAAUAAUAAUAAUAAUAAUCCUGUCAUAAGUAUACCCCCUUUCACUAACCUCUUAUCCCUUAAUAAUAUCAGCUAAAAUGGCACAUUUUUGUCACUUAUCUUUAAAAAUAACAUAGAUAUGCACCUGCUUUCCCAUAUGUUUUAUAUAUAUAUAUAUACAUACAUAUAUGUAUUUUCCUCGUCAGCGCUAUAACGAAUGGAAGGUAAUCCAUAUUGGAUAUAGAGACGUGAGCUGUCUUGGCAGAAGUAACGCAAGUCCAUUAUUACCUGUAUAUUACAGAUUCGCUAUCGCCUCACGAAUGAAAAAAAAAAAAAAAGAGAGAGUGAUGUUGAAGAUAUCGACUUCAGUUUCACAUGGAGAAAAAAUAAAAUUCCGUCCGUUUAGAAAGCAUUCCUACUGUUAGAUCACAGGAGGUGGCACUGCCGGUGUUGGGAACCCUGAUUUAAGUGUUUCUGAAAUCAUCAAUACUUUGAGACAGGCUCUUGGGUGAAGAGACAAUCCUGGUGUUUUAUUUAAGACGUGACUCAACGUGCAGCAUAUUUUUAUUAUUAGUUUUCAACGUGAAGCCUAUGUGUGUAAAUGCUUGUUCUGUUGAUUGAUUUCUUAGAGAAAUGACCCCACGUGCAAAAUCAGGAUUCUCUCUCUCUCUCUCUCUCUCUCUCUCUCUCUCUCUCUCACCCAAGUGACCAUGACUGUUCCUUCUUCCCUGGCGAGGCAAUUAGGGGGAAAAUAAACUGUGCUGCUGUGUAGGUCGCUGAUAGCAGACCUACUGCUGUGCUUUUGGCAUACUUAUUAUUUUGUAUCUCUUCUAAAUGUUUUAUAUGUCCUUUUUCAUAUCCGAAUGGUAUUUAGGUUUAUUUUACUGUUGAUCCAGAUUCUGAUUUUCUUUAUAUUUUAUACAGUUUUUUAUUUUUAUUUUUUUUCCGGUCAUGAUCAUGCAUAGCUUGGGAUGUUAAGUUCAGAGAUUUUACACUUCUGCUCUGUGAUCAUUUCUAUUUUUUUUUUUAUUUUUAUUUUUUGACAAUAGCCAUCAUGCUUACAAACCCCUUCUUGCACACGUCUAAUCAGUGCGCGUGUCAGUGUUUAUGGUGAUCCAGUGCGCGUGCUUCUUGGACGCUUUGGUGGAUGUAGUCGGUCACGUUGUUUCUGUGUAAAGCGCGAAGGUGUAAUUUCAGUGUUUUUUCUGCAAGGCAUUGUUGUUGUGAUGACAUUUCAAACUGGCUCUAGACACGUGUGCUUACAUCUGACUUACAGUGUAAAAUAGAUGACAUUUUCAACCCACAACAUCUUUGGAUCAUAAAAACUCAUCAUGGGGGGGGGAAUAGAAAAAAAAAAAUUACCAAAGCCUAGAAAUUCCCCCCCUCCAGUCCCAUACCUACGCCUUUUUUCACUUCCUAUUCCAUAGAAGGAGCUAAUUUCCCCCCAUUCACUCCCAUCCUACUAUCAGUUCCUCUUUAUGAAUUCCAGUUUAAUUGGAUCUUUUCCAUUUUUCAAAAAAACAAAAAACAAAACAAAAACAAAAAAUACCCCAACCCCUUUUCUGUGACAUGUACUGACCUCUAGUGGUGAGCUCUCAAAAUGCUGUGAACAAAUGCUGAGGAAUCCAAGAUGCUGCAUAUCUUCUUGGAUGAACGAGGCAUUGUUUCUUUUUAUGGACCAAGAAAUGAAAUGAACGUAUUUUGUAUUUUGUUCAAAACAUUAACCACAUCCAUGAGAUCUUCUUACAGGCAGAUUAUAAGGCUGAGGUUUUUCUAUUGAGGCCAUGUUACAGUCAGAAGAGGAGACAGGAGACUCUCUGACUCAGUUGCCAGUGUUUAGAUGGCCAGUUUGGAUAAAGAGUGUAAUUUACGGUGGCCGAGAAGCGCAAAACAAAAUAACAAAUCCAGAAACAAAAUAAAUUUAAAAACAAAAUAACAUCCAAAAACACAAUAACAUUCACUCGUGUACAAGAAAUGGUUAGAUACACAUUUUCAUACAGCUUGUAUAUCUUCAGUGACAGAUGACAGAAUUCCAUUCGCAAGCUAUGUCUACCUUUUCUGGAUUGUCUAAAUUGUUGUGUUUUUGGAUUUCGUUUUGGAUUUAUUAUUGUGUUUUUUGUUAUUUUGUCUUUAAAUUUGUUUUAUUUUUAAUUUUGUUAUUGGACUUAUUUUGUGUUUAAAUGUUAUUUUUAAAAUUUAUUUAUUUAUUUAUUUUUUCUGAUUUAUUUUGUUUUUGGAUUUAUUUUUUGUUCUUAAAUUUGUUUUUGUUUUCUGAUUUGUAAUUUUGUUUUCUAAUUUAUUUUGUUUUUAAAUGUUUUUUUCUGAUUUAUUUUGUUUUUGGAUUUGUUUUGCACUUCUUGGCCACCAU